GCAAAUUAAACAGAGAAAUAAAGUUCACACCAUGUAGAAAGAGUGAAUAUAUGAUAAAGAAAUAACUGGAAAGAAACAUACAUAUAGUGAAUAGAGACAAAGGGAGGGAGGUAGGAUCAAGAAGAGGAAAAGUUGAAUAGACAGAGACAAUACUGAGAAGAGUUGAUUAAGAGGAUACUAUGGAAUUCAACAUGGAAAAUACAGAACGUCCUACUCGACCACUGCUGUUUGACUUCCAUGGAGUCUCCAUGACCCACUAUUUUACUGAUAACUGGGAGAAAGUUCAGAACUUCCAGGCCAGGCCAGAUGAUAUCCUCAUUGCCACUUAUCCUAAAGCAGGUACCACAUGGAUCUCCUACAUCCUGGACCUUCUAUAUUUCGGUCAAUCAGCUCCAGAGCGCCAGACCUCACUGCCUAUCUAUCAGAGAGUGCCUUUCCUGGAAAGUGACUUCCAUGUUUUCCCUCCAGGAACAGAGGUAGCAGACAAGUUACCCACCUCUCCUCGCCUCAUCAAGACUCACCUCCCUGUCCAGUUGAUACCCAAGUCCUUCUGGGAGCAGAACUGCAAGGUGGUGUAUGUUGCCCGUAAUGCCAAGGACAAUGUAGUGUCUUAUUUCCACUUUGACCGCAUGACCAAGGUUGAACCAGAGCCAGGAGACUGGAACAACUUCUUACAGAGAUUCAUGGAUGGAAAGAUGGUGUUUGGACCCUGGUAUGACCAUGUGACCGGCUGGUGGGAGAAGAAACAGACUCACUCUAUAAUCCACUACAUGUUUUAUGAAGACAUGAUAGAGGAUAUGGGACGGGAGCUGGAUGGACUGUGCUCCUUCCUGGGUUUGUCUCCUUCAGUGGAGGAGAAGGAGAGAGUGAUAGAAGGAUCUCACUUUGACAACAUGAAGAAUAAUAGUAUGACCAACUACUCCAAUGUCCCAGGCAUGGACUUCAAGAUCUCUCGUUUCAUGAGAAAAGGAAAGGUUGGUGACUGGAAGAACCAUUUCACUGUUACCCAAAGUGAACAGUUUGAUGAACACUAUCAGAGGAAGAUGAACAACCCCAACUUACAGUUUCGUACAGUAGUCUAGAGGUUGUGGUCUGGGCAAUUACUUAUGGGCUGUCUUUUUUGUGUCCAGCCCUAAAUGUACCUAUUGUGUACUUAUUUAAACUCCACUGGUUCUGCACAAGGAAGACUCACACAUUUCACACAAGCAUUACAGAUUGAAGAUUUAGCAAGAAUAAGUAUCCAACCAAAUGUUGGUAAAUAUUACUGUUUGUGGUUUAUGUCGUUGUAUUUUCAGAAACAUCAAGUCCCUUUAAUGAAGCCAGUACACACAUCUUAUUUAACAGCUGUCUUCAUAUUCCAUAUGCCUGUGACAACAACAACCACACUACAGGUGGAUUUAUACUGGAUCUCCACCAAUACUGUCUUCACUUUUCCUGAGACAUAGGACUUCAUUGGAAAACCACAUUAAACAAGUAAAAUGAUCGGAUCUGUAAGACCUGCCUUUUGUGCCGCUGUGGAGCCACCUCCCCCACGGCACUCCGUCUCACGGGUGUACUAACCGCCAGUUCACCUGAUUGUACACCCUAUUUAGGUUGCCCUCGCUUUUCAUUGUGGGAUAUUGUUUGUUCAUUUGUAUGUGACGCCCGUAGUGAUGCUGAUUAAAAGCCUUUCUAACGGA